AGACGUAGAGAAAGAGAAAAAAAAAGGAAGAGAGGGAGGCCGUGUUCGCGUGGAGGAAAACAGAAAAGAGAGCGGCGGGUGGAGAGGAGGAGGAGGAGGAGGUGGAGGAAGAGCGGGAUAAACCCAGCAGACGCACGGACGACGGGACGGCAAGGAAAGAAAAGAAAGGUGGAAUAACCCGCGAGCUGCGCGUGAGGUGCCCGGAGGGAUAUUUUCUCCUUUUUUUUUUUUGUUUUGUUUUUUUUGUUUUGUUUGGGGGCUCAAAGUGUUUGGAUCUGAUCCGCUGCUGUUGUCGCUCCCAGCCGGGACUCCGCGGAGGUACACACAAACACACACACACGCACUCGGGCUCAGUCCGGUACCGGACGGCACGUGUGCAGGAAGGUGGGUGCGUGCCCAGGUGUGCGCGGUUGUCUGUGUGUUUGUGAGUGUGUGUGUGUACGUGUCUGCUGUUCGGGGUUAAAUUUGGCGUUUUUCCAGCGGAGUUCUGCGCAGCACGGGACACCUUGUUUGUGACCUGUGCGUGCGCGUGCGCGCACCAUGCGCGCGUGCUCUUUGUAAUGACUUUGGAGCUUUUUUAAAAAAAAAAAAAUCUAGUUUUAUUUUUAAUUUAAUUCUGGGAGCAAACCGAACCCCGCUGAGUGUGUGACAGCGUGUCCAUGAGCGUGCGCGUGCGCGCACACGACCCCGUCCUGAGCCCGCACGCGGCGGAUCGAUGAGGAGGAUGGAUUUGUGGAUUUAUUUACCUUGAUGGGAUUUUUUUUUUUUUUUUUUUCGUUUUAAUCUCACCGGCUUGGAGCUGAUGGAUGUUCACUCGGAAGUAAGAAAAACUGGAUCUUACAGCUCAGGAGAAGAACACGACAUGGUGGGCUGAGCGGCGUCCUCGAGGCAGACGGCUCCGUCUGAAGCAGAAACCAGCGGAAGGCAGGCCCGCAGCAUGGUGGAUGCCAGUGCAGCUCGCAGGAUGAACCCGUUAGCUGCCCUUAGUAUUGACCGCAAUGCUCUGGUGGGGGAAAACCUUCGCCCCCAUGGAGGAAUUUUUUAUCCUGGCAUCCAUCCUCUGUCUUCUGAGAAGCCCCAGGAGCCUGGUACCUCGCUGCCACUUGGCUAUGAUCUCCUGUAUAAACCAGAUGUAUCCCUGCUUGAAGGCCAGAAAUCUGCAAAUGGAUAUGUUGGACUGUAUAAAAACCCAGCACCAGGACUGCAGAAACCUUUACUUGUUCCUGCUGCAGGAGGUGAUGGCUUGGGCUUGGACCGCAGAGUUGGAUCCAGUGACAAACAGCCGGAGCUGGGCUUGAAUGGUACCAGUAGCUUUCUUAGACUACCUUGGAUCAGCCCCUAUACCGAUGCUACAAUGUACCCCUUCCUGGACAUGGCAUACAAGGCCUCAUUCCUGUCUCAGCAGCCACCCUUCAUCCACCAACAGCUGGCAUAUCAAUCUUUGUGUGCCUCUAGGCUUGGGAACAGCACGCCUGGAGAGGAGAGACUUUUCUACCUGCCUCCUUAUUUACCGGCCCAUAUCUCUUCUCCACUAGGCCCUCCAAUAAGGAUUUCUACAGCCACCCCAGCUUCUACAGUACUUUCACCAUUACCCCACUGCCAGGACAAGACAUUGCAGGGUGUUGGUUCUCAGGUACAUCAAGAACCCUCUGCCUUCAGCACCAGUCCUCAGAUUCAUCAGGAAACCCAAGCUCACGUUGUUCACCAUACAGAGCGACAACAUGAGAGUAGCAGCAGCAGUGGUGGAAAGUCCACUCAGACCACUUCUACCAAAAAUACUCUGAGCAAAACUACUGGUGGAAAUAGUAGCACCCAUGUUUCCAGCUCAGCUGGUACUGAUGCCUUAGAGUCAUCCCCAGUUACCCUUCCUUCUUCCUCACUUCCAGCACCCCACCAUCUCAGCAACAGUUCUGCAGAACUCCAAAAGUCCCUUAGCAGAAGCACUUCCUUAUCCUCAACCUCACUUUCAGUGUGUCACCCUUUUUACAUGAGCUCUGAGCGCUCCUCCCCUAUACACUCAGGCAGCAGUAAAACCAAAGAUGUCACCUCUGACUGCAGUAAUAAAGAAAAGUGUAUAUCACCUGCAAAGACAUCACUGGACAGAGUAGGACCUCAUAAGGCUGCCAAAACCCCCAGAGAAAAACCUUUGGAUUUGUCUGCUAAAGAGAUGGAAGGGUUUCCAAGUGGAUUCCCAACCAGAUUAGAGGCCUUGGCCAAGUUGGGAUAUGUACCACCAUCUCAUUACAAGCUGUUAACCAGUCAAGACCAACAGCUCAAAGAGAGUUUAACCCGACCUGUUAGCACAUCAGCUAAGACUCCAGAUCAUCCUGAAAUGAUCAGCACUACAGGCUCCAGCUGGGCUGCUCCAGGUCCUUCCUCUGCUGUCAUCUCUGACCACAGCAGAGGCUCUCAGUCUAUGAAAAACCGAAGUGUGGACAAUACUCUUCACCAACAGCACCCUCCUGGCUCACCUGGCUCUAAGAGAGUUGAGUUAGCCAGUAUUUCCAGUACUGCCUCAGGAGGGCAACCUUCUGCAGCAUCUCCUUCUUUAAACACCAAAGUUGGGUGGCCACAAGUCCCACCUACUGACUCCGACAAAGUCCCUCCAAACAGCAAAGGGGAAACUCACUCUGGAAAGCAAAUCUUAACUUCUUCUAAGCAAGAGGUUAAAGAGAGCCAGACUAAGCAUCAGCAGCCAUUUCGUUUGGAAAAUGGAAAUGGCUCCAGCCAGAUGUAUAGUGAUUCCUAUCUUCCUCCUGGCUUAGGUUAUACUAAUCGCUAUGUCCCGUACUCAGUUGCAGAAAAUAUAUCCAUGCAGCGACUGUCAAUAGCAAGUAAAGGACAUGUUUACCCGCAUCCACUAUUACUCGGUAGCAGCAGCUUUUACUCAUCUAACAUUCCACCAAGACACGGCCUCCCAUAUGGAGUUCAUUCAUAUCCAAAUUCCCAAGAGAUUACCUCAACUCCAGUUUCAAAUUAUUCAAGUCUUACAAGCAAAGAACAGCUGGAGAUCAGGUCCAAGAGCCAGGAUAAACUCUGGACUUCAGAAAAGUCAGAUGUUGACAGCUCACGCACACGUGACAAUGAGAAAGACAAGUCCAAGGCCUCAGGUAAAGGCCUGUCUGCCGUAAGAGAUGAUAUAGUUUGCAUUGACUUGGUGCAUGAUGAGGCAGAAGAUGAUUUUUCCACCAGUAAUUGUGGCUCCACAUCUACCAGAACAGAAGAUUUCUCCAAACAUGUACAAAUCAAAGAAACAGAGCCAGGUCCUCCAAAAGGCAUCCUUUCAACUCAAGGUACAGAGCAGAGACUAGUUUCACUAUCCCACACUUCUCAUCACACUUCUUCCUCACCUCCUCCUACUGGUCAGGAAAGCACAGUGGAAAUCCCAGAGGAGGAGGAGGAAGAGGCAAUUAGUCCAUUACCAGAUAUCCCAGAGGAGGAGACAAUGCGAUGUGCCCGAACGUCUCCACAGCAGUUUUCUAGAAAAUGUAAAACUGGAGCCUCUGCUGGUGCUGGGAAUCAAACGUUGAAUGCUACUGGUUGUGGGAAAAGUGUUACAAGUGAGGUUAGAUCAGAAGUUUCAAGCAGUAAAAAUAUUCAACCUCAGCAAAGCCCUUCCAGAAACAUAAGCUCUUUGGUUCCUGGAAGCAGAGAAAGUAGUUCUAGUGAUUGUACUAGUUCAAACAACAGCAUGGGAGUAGUCAGUACAAUGAGCCCAAAGAGCUCAGCUCACCAUGGCAGCACUCAAUCAGAAAGUCCCGUUUACAGCAGUACGGGACAGAGUAGUCGAGGCUUCAGUCCUCCGGUUCCAGCAUGCAGAAGUUUUAAUUCCAGGCCAUCACCUGGAGGAGCCAUAAACUUCCGACCCCAACUAUAUGCCAACAGCAACCCGAGAGGCCCCUCAUCAAGUAACGGAGAUGCAAACAGUCCAAAUUUUAGAAAUUUUGUUGGGCCAUGCUGCAGAAAUCUGACUGUCAGGGCGCCAACUUUUGAACCCAAACUUUUCAGCAGCCCAACUCGUGAAAAUGUUAACUCUAUGCCUACAAGCUACAGGAGCAACAGCCCUCAUGGUGAAAACUGCAAUGCAGUACAAUCAAAUGCUAAUCCCAGAGCUCCUGCAUUUGGAAAGUUUAGUAGUCAGAGUUAUGGAAGAUCCCUCUCUAAGAGCCAGCCUUCUGGAAAUUGCCAAACAGCCGGUGCAAGCAACACCCUCAGGGUUCCCACAUAUGGAAAUAGUUUUACCCAGGGCCCAACCUGUCAACACCUUUCACCAACCAGUGAAGGUCUGAACACGAUGCCAGCGGAUCCAAUGCUGGAGCUGUUAGUUAACAAAGACCUUUCCUCUACCAUUAGCUGUGGAAAUGAGAAGGAGUUCAACAUGCAAGACUGCGUGGAUCCUCUGGCAGAUGAAGAGGAUGGUCACAGCAAAUCCCGUCUCUCUGGCCUCACCAAACGCAUUGCCAAUUCAUCUGGCUACGUGGGAGACCGAUUCAAAUGUGUGACCACAGAGCUUUACGCUGACUCGAGCAAGCUGAGCAGAGAACAGAGAGCACUUCAGCGUGCCAUGCUUCGCUUCUCUGAGCUGGAGCUGAAAGAGAAAGAGGGAGACAGAGGAGGAGGAGGAGAAGGAGAUGAAGAAGAAGUGGAGAAGGAGCUGGCAGAAGGCCAGCAGGGAGAAAAAGAAGAAAAAGAGGAGGAGGAGGGGAGAAGAAGAAAGAUGAGGCAGGUUGGGAACGCUGCCAGCAGAGUGAGGGGAGGCAAGGAGGGGGAGGAGGAAGAACUCCCACUGCAGCCGCUGCCGAGGCUCCGAGAGGUUUACACUCUCCCUGCCCUCACAACCACCUCCCUGUCUUGCCACUUUGUUGCAACUCCGACAACCUUCCCAUCCCCAAGGAGAAGAAUGAUGGCUUUAUGGAGAAAGAGAAAAAGAAUGAACAUGAAAGAGGAACUGGUCAGGAGAAAAAGACAGAGAACACUAGUUUUGGUUCACAGAACGAACAACAACAAAGGUUUUUCCCCCCAUCCAGAGGACUUUCAGGGAAACACCUCCACCCUGAUGUCCAGCCCAGGCCUCACAGGUUCGAAUCUGAAUAUGGAGAUAAGUCGGCGGCGUAUCUUCAGCCUUGAGCCUUUCCAUCAGAGCAGCAUCAUAAACAGCCGGCUGAAGAGAGGGAGGGAGGAGGACAGAGAGGAGGAGAUGGAGGUGGAGGAGGGGACGGAAAAUCUGAGCAAGAAAGCCAAAUUCACAAACGAGGCAUCUCUGGAAGACGUGAAGAAGCUGAAGGUCUGCAUCGAGUUGAAUGGCCUUCGGCUCAACAAGCCCCGCCUACCCGGGGAGUUCAACCAAUGGCUUCCCACUGGCCAGAGAUCAGCAGAGGCCAACAGGAAGUUCAGAACAGAUGUCCCAUCCAUCAGGGCGAGGUCAGACAUCAGCGAAGGCUGGUGUGAGCCCACGUUUAUGAGGAGGGAUGGCACGAGAGUUUUCCACAUGGCCCCCCAUCCGUCUUCUCCUACCCAUCUACCCCGGCAACCAUCCAGCUCUGUAAAUCGGCAACCGACUCCCACAUCUUUUGCCACCUUCACUUCCUUCCACCUUCAGGACAAGCAUCAGAAGUUGAAGGAGAACCGCAAGGUGUCAAAUUUCCUUCCUUCCUUGCCCUCUCUUCCACCCUCUUUCUCUUCAUCACCUGACCCCCAUCCAUUCCGCUGCCCUGACGAUGACCCAGACAAGCCGAAAGGCAAGCGUCCCUGCAAGACGAAACACACCGGAGGAGAAGCAGCAAAGGAGGAGGGACAAGACGAGGGUGGAAGUGAUGAGGAAGAAAGGAACGGGAAGGUCGCUCUGUCAGACUCAUCUCGCUCGCCCACUCAUCGACCUCCUUCCCCACAACACACCCACAACACCCGUCCCGUCCCUCCAGAGGUGCGCCGGCUCAUUGUGAACAAAAACGCCGGAGAGACGCUGCUACAGCGAGCUGCCCGGCUGGGAUACGAGGAGGUGGUCUUGUAUUGUCUCGAGCGGCGAAUCUGUGAUGUCAACCAUAGAGACAAUGCUGGGUACUGUGCCCUACAUGAGGCCUGUGCCCGUGGCUGGCUGGGCAUUGUACGCCACUUGGUGGAGCAUGGAGCCAAUGUCAACUGCAGUGCUCAGGAUGGAACCAGGCCACUUCACGACGCCGUGGAAAACGACCACGUGGAGGUGGUGCGCUUCCUGUUGGCCUGUGGCGCUGACCCUACUCUGACCUCCUACUCAGGACGAGCACCAAUCAACAUGACCCACAGUGCUGCCAUGGAAACCUUUCUGGAGGACUAUCUCUCUGACCUCCAGGGAAGGUCGGAGGGCGAUCCGGGAAUCUACUGGGAAUUUUACGGCAGCUCAGUCUGCGAGCCAUCCAGUGAAGAAGGUGUAUAUAAUAUCCUUGCUGAUCCACCGGGACCAGAGGAGGAGGAAGAAGAUGAAGAAGAGGAGGAGGAUGAGGAGCAACGUGCUAGGAGGGAAGUGUUUGAGUUUGAACUCUCUGACCGACCGUUGCUUCCCUGCUACAACAUCCAGGUGUCGCUUUCCCAAGGUCCCAGGAACUGGCUCCUUCUUGCAGAUGUGUUGGGUCGCCUUCGGAUGACUUCUCGGUCCUUUCGCCGCCUCUUCCCACAGCUCAACGUCCAGUCCAUCCCUGAAGAUGAGUUCUACCGGCAGGCAUCCCUGUCACAGCUCCUGACAGGUCCUGAUGAACAGGAGCUGGCCUCCUUCAGGCCAGAUGUCAAAGACCCUCUGGAGCUGGUGGAGGCCACACCCGAGCUGGCUGGCAUGCUAGGCUCUUCAGUGGAGUUUGUGGAUAGUCGCUGGGACUCGCUGGAAGCUUCGCCACCACCAACUCCCUCUCCACCACAUUCACCAAGACCGCUGCAGCGUGUUCCACCACCAUUAUCCCCAGAGCAACAUGGACCAGAUGCUGGUCCUAAGGUGGGAAAUGUGGUGCUGAGCCAGACUGAGUCCAGAGGUCAGGGAUUUAAAAACCUGGGAUAUUCUACUCCAGCAGAAAAGGCAGAAACUAAACUAGAUCCCAGCAUAUGGGAAUCACAAAAGCAAGGAAUUAAAAUUGCUGUGGGACCUUCAACCACUAAGCCAAACAUGACAUUGAAUGCUAGCCUGUGGGAACCACAAACACAGCGUUCUAAGAAUCCUCACGUCAUGGGUUCUGCUACUCCGGACUCUAAGAUGGACUCAAGCCUGUGGGAACAACCGCAGCAAGGCAAUAAAACAGUCCAAAUCAGUUCGGUCAAAUCUGAUGUGAUGGCUGGGACUAGCAUGUGGGACCCACAGCGACUACGAAGUCGAAAUCCUGGGAAUUCUGAUGCCAAAUUGGACACAGCAGUAUUAGAAACACCACGACUUCGGAAUAAGAACAUUGGGAAUUCCACUCCCACUCAUUCAAAUGGUGCAGUGGAUGCUAGUGUGUGGAAACGGGAAAAUCAAGGAAACAAAAGCAGCAGGGUUUUGGAUUCUACAAACCCACCUGCUGCAGUUGACUGUAGUGCUUGGGAACCCCAGCGGCUGCGAAGUAAGAAUGCUGGGAUCUCUGGCCCUGCAAAGUCGGAUGUCAGGGUGGAUGCCACCACAUGGGAAUGUCAAGGAAUAAAGAGAAUGGGCAGCAACAGCGGAGCACCAAAAAGAGAGGCUAAUCCCUGUGACACCCAAGGUGAAUGCACUAAGAACAUAAAGAUGGACCCUGCUUGGCAGAGGAACUUGACGAAUGUUAGAGUUCAUAUCAGGGACUUGGGAAUGAAAGUUGGCACUGUUCCAAGAGACUUAAAGAAAGAGCCGGGUAAAGUGGUUGGGAAGGGUGCCAGGAUCAAAGGGAAGUCAUGAAAUGACAAAACACCAGGAAAUUUGAAGAGACAUAUCCUGACAGAAAUAAACUGAGAAGCAUUCCAACAUACAUGUAAAAACAUUGUAAAUUAAUAUCUGGACAUUGGAAAGACAGUUAACUCUGUGGCAAGACUGUACCAGUAUUAAAUGUGUGUUAUAUGUAAACUGUAAAUAGUCUUUGUUUGUUUGGGGGUUUUGUUUGUUUUUUAAUUUAUGAGCACAGAAUUGACGGAUCAUUUUUUUCUUUGUAAAUGCAGUCUGGUGUAAAUACAAUGGCAUUCCUGUUGACAUGCUAAGAUUGUUGGUUCACGUCUGGGAAGCUGUUUGUUACCUUUGUGUGUAAUUUUGUAUUCAGCAUCCUGUUGGCUUUUGUCACCAAUCUAUUACUGUCCAAUAAAUAUGAGGAAAGAAAACAAAUGAGUUAACUGUCUGA